AUGAGUCGAACUAAUUGGUUUAACGUGAUACCUCUCGAAAUUUUUGAUAUGAUCGUAAAAGAUCAUUUUAUUACAGUAUUUUUCGAUCGCAAGUGUAUCUUGGAUUUUGACCCGUUCCAAGUAUUUUUAAAAGUAUCUGUAAUAGAUACCUUUUUUCGUGAGAGAUUUUUAUUCUUACUUCAAGAGGCUUUUGAAGCAUCAGAAUGGAAAAAAGAAGGAUAUUUAAUGAUCGAGAAUGACAUGGGCAAAUUUGAAGAUAUUUAUGUGAAUUUUUGGACCGUAUUUAUACGUUGGGUGAAAUUUCAAAAUAAUUAUGUUGAAUUUUCGAUGAUUGGACCUAAUAAAUAUUUUACGAGAGACAUUAAUAUCUUUUUUAAAGAAGUGGAAGAUCGAAUUUAUUCAAAUAUUGAAAAUAUUAUGCAAAGGAUAAAGAAAUGUAAAUUUGCAAGUGGAAAUAAAGAAGUUUGCAAUUUAAGAGGGGGUUGGUAUGCGAAUAUUAGAAAUACUAUGUACAGGAUAAUGGUAGGUAGAUUUUCAGGCGGAAUUGAUGAUGUUUGCAAUUCAAGAGGUGGUUGUUUUUAUGAAUUUAAAAUGUGUCUUUGGAGUCUUGAGUAUAUUUAUGAUGAUGAGAAUGAAACAUGUUUAUAUUUUAAAGAAUUUCAUAGGUUAUUAAAAGAAGCGAAUUCGUAUCAGCAGAUCAGUAAGUUGAUCGAUUUGAUCGAUGAAACUUUGAACUCUUACGGAGAUUAUAGGUUUAAUGUUAGAAAGGAGAUUAAAAAAAAAAUAUUUUAA